GAAAAAGUGUGAUGAUAAUAGAAAAAAGAAUUGAAAAAAAAAAAAAAUAUAAAAUAGUGAGAUGGAGAGAAAACAGGGUCGCGCAGACGCAACAAAAUAAAUCCAGGUUUGUUAGUUAUAAUCGUACAGAAUCGUAGUAGUAGUAUCUAUCCAGACUUGUGAAAAAUGCAAAAUUGCAUGGGAGUGUCAACGGGUGUUCGAGUUUAUCAUAAAAACUUGAAUAUGCAACCAACUGGUAUUUGUAAUAAAAUUGAAAAUUAUAUAUCUGAACUUAAACAAUGGUCUGUUUGGAGGACAAUUAUUCUUGGACAAUUUUUAUCAAUUGUAUUGUACUGGCUAACACAAUUAAAUCAUCAUAUAAAUAAAGAAUCAUUAAAAAAAUUACCAGUACCAACAGCACAAAAUUUACCACACUAUGUUAUGAUGUGCCUGGUUUACACAACCUGGAUGUCAUGUAGGGGUGCUGGAAAUGGUCUUAUUUCCGUAAUCAGAUCACGUGGAUGGAGAUAUUUAUUGCUUGCAUUAAUUGACGUUGAAGCUAAUACACUUAUAACAUCAUCACAUCAAUUUACAAGCAUCUCUAGUAUUCAGAUUCUUGAUUGUGUUGCAAUACCAGUAGCAUUGGCUUUAUCCUGCUUGGUACUUGGUGUGAGAUAUAGAAUUGUUCAUAUUGUUGGAAUAUCUAUUUGUCUCAUGGGAGUUGGCUGUCUUGUUUGGGCUGGUAUUGAUGAAAAUAAAGAUCCUGGUGUUAAUGGCAAAAAUCAAUUAGUUGGUGAUAUGCUUUGCCUGGGUGGUGCUGUAUUAUUUUCUGUAACAACUGUUCUUCAAGAACUUGCUGUUAAAACUGUUGACAUUAUUGAGUAUCUUGGAAUGAUUGGUUUUUUUGGAACAAUUCUCAGCAUAACACAAGUGUGUUUUUUGGAACGUAUUCAACUUGAAACUGUAACAUGGAAUAUUGCAACUCCUGUUGUUAUAACUGCAUUGAUUUUUUUUUGUGUAACACAAUUUGUAUUUUUUUCACUUGUUCCAGUAAUAUUAUUUGAAUCUGGUGCAACAGCAUUACAAUUGGCUCUGUUAAGUUCAGAUUUUUUAAAUGUUUUUAUUGGAAUGUUGAAUCAUCGUUACAAGUUUCAUACAUUAUUUUUUCUUUCAUUGGCAUUGACAAUGACUGGUAUAUUUAUUUAUGCUAUUAAAAAAACACCAAUGUCAACGAGUUCGCAGAGACAACAGUUGGUAGAAACACCAGCUCCAGAUUACAGUGAUGUAAUUUUGAGAGGAAUGUCACAACCAACUUGUGGAGAAGUUGAUGUCGUUGCUAAUUUAGGUAUGUCUGGACCAACUGGUACACUGGAAGCGAUAAAGACAAUGGAGACAAUGGAAAAUAAUCAAGUUGUCGAUUCAGGAAAAUUACCAUUGAGUGCAAGUUCAGACACUGCUUUUACUUCUUUUUAUGGAAGCGAAGCAAAUAUGUAAAAUAAAUCAUUUUUUUUUUUUUUUAAUGCGAACCCUCUUCUCAUCAAAUUUUUUUUCAUCACGAAAAAAGAAGAAGGGUGAAGAAAAAAAACUACACAAAUCACAAUGAUUUAUCAAAAACGUCCUCUUUUUUUUUUAUUUUUUCAAUAAAAAAUUCGUUUGUUUUUUCGAACGUGGACCAUGAGCAAAUCGAGUAUUUCUAGUUA